UUUUUUUUUUUUUUGGUUGUUUGUUUGAUUUAUGCUAUUUUGGUUGCGCUGGAAAUACAAAAAGGGGGUUUCUAUUAUCUUUGAAGGAAAAUUGGUUGGGGGUGUACUCCUGUUCUCAGUUGAGGGUUGACUAUUGUCAACUUACCUUCAAAAAGAGUGAUUUGAGUUGAAGUGCGUACUUCCUUUUCAUACAGUUUUGUUGUGAGUGGUUUGGAUGUCAUGUUUUUUUGUGACAUAAGAUUUUGCAGCUAACACUUGUUCAGAUUAGCAUAUAUGGUUUCUAUUUAUAGGUUGCUUUUUGUUUUCAUUAGGUCUCUGCUGGAAAUUCAAGACCUUAUUUAUCACACCAAUAUCCGUCUAAUUAGUAGUUAGAGAAGUUUUGGGGAAUCUAUCUCAGAGAGAAAUUUGAGUUUUUGGUUUCUGCAAUCAUAAGAGAUGUUCUAGCCUGCUAGGGACAAUUAGGUUCUCGGGUUUAAGAAUGGCUAAUUCAGCUGAACCCUCUUCGUCUUUGAGCUUUACAUCGUCUUCGCACUUAUCGAAUGGCUCUGUUAGCCACAACAUAUGUCCCUCCUUCGGUGCUGAUCCUGGACAUAAUCUUGAUGUUAUCAGUUUGAGUAAGCUUAGCUCCAGUUUGGAGCAGCUUUUGAUUGAUCCUGCUUGUGACUAUAGUGAUGCCGAGAUCAUUGUGGAAGAAAUUCCGGUCGGUGUUCAUCGAUGCAUUCUGGCCUCUAGAAGUAAGUUCUUCCAUGAAUUGUUCAAGAGUGAAAAAGGAUCUUCAGAUAAAGAAGGGAAAUUGAAGUACUCCAUGAGUGAUUUAUUGCCUUACGGCAAUGUUGGAUACGAAGCUUUUCAAAUUUUCCUUGGUUAUGUGUAUACCGGUAAACUCAAGCCUUCUCCAAUGGAGGUGUCAACAUGUGUUGACAAUGUGUGUGCACAUGCUGCUUGUAGACCUGCAAUUAACUUUGCUGUGGAGUUGAUGUAUGCAUCUUCCAUUUUUCAAAUACCGGAGCUGGUAUCACUUUUCCAGCGACGUCUUCUUAACUUUGUAGGGAAGGCUCUUGUGGAAGAUGUCAUCCCAAUCCUCAUGGUUGCUUUCCAUUGUAAAUUGAAUCAGCUUGUCACUCAGUGUGUCGACAGGGUGGUACGCUCAGACAUUGACCAGAUCUCAAUCGAGAAGGAGCUUCCCUAUGAGCUCGUGGAAAAGGUUAAGUUGCUCCGCCAAAACCAACAGCAAGAUAUGGAAACCGAUGCUUCUGUAGAUGUUCCUGUAGUUGAUCCUUUGUGUCUAAAACGGAUCACUAGAAUACAUAAAGCAUUGGACUCGGAUGAUGUUGAGCUUGUUAAACUUCUUUUAAACGAGUCAGACAUUACAUUAGAUAAAGCCAAUGCUCUCCAUUAUGCUACAGCAUACUGUGAUCCCAAGGUUGUUUCUGAGGUACUUAGUUUGGGUCUGGCUGAUGUAAAUCUUCGGAAUUCUCGGGGGUACUCGGUGCUUCAUAUAGCCGCCAUGCGUAAAGAACCUUCUAUUAUAGUAUCACUUCUCUCAAAAGGAGCUUGUGCAUCGGAUUUGACUUCGGAUGGCCAGAGUGCUGUUAGUAUUUGCAGGAGGUUGACAAGGCCAAAGGAUUAUCAUGCGAAAACAGAACAGGGGAAGGAGACAAACAAAGAUAGAAUAUGCAUCGAUGUUCUUGAAAGAGAAAUGAGAAGGAAUCCAUUGGCUGGGGAUGCUACAACUUCUUCCCAUACAAUGGCCGACGAUCUACACAUGAAGCUACUAUACCUGGAGAACAGAGUGGCAUUUGCAAGAUUGUUCUUCCCUUCAGAAGCAAAACUAGCCAUGGACAUCGCUCAUGCAGAGACAACUUCCGAGUUUGCUGGUCUUUCUGCUUCGAAAGGUUCAAAUGGCAACCUAAGGGAAGUAGAUCUCAACGAGACACCGAUCGUGCAAAACAAAAGACUUCUUUCUAGGAUGGAAGCCCUUAUGAAAACAGUCGAGAUGGGAAGGCGCUACUUUCCGCAUUGCUCGGAAGUACUGGAUAAGUUCAUGGAGGAUGACCUCCCCGACUUGUUCUACCUCGAGAAGGGAACCCAAGAAGAGCAGCGAAUCAAGAGAACGCGCUUCAUGGAGCUCAAAGACGAUGUCCACAAGGCUUUCACCAAGGACAAGGCCGAGUUUAGCCGCUCCGGAAUUUCGUCCUCUUCAUCCUCAUCAUCCCUCAGAGAUUCUGUACAUUACAACAAGGCUAGAAAAGUGUGAACUGUGAAAUAUAGCAUAGCUUCUUCAUUUUCUUUUUUGGUUUCUGACUUCACAUAUUAUAAUAUAUAGUGCAAAUUUUAGAGGUUGAUGCAUGCUCCCCAACCAAGUCAUAUGUAAAAUUGUAAUAGCAGGAAGGAAAGUUGAUCCUUUACAAAGUGGUGUUUUUGACAAAAAUAAUUUCCUUUCCCUUCUUCCAAUUUGUGACAAAUUUACAGUAUAAAUUUUGUUACAGAUGAAGUAUAUAGGAUCUAUCAUUAA